UAAACUAUUUGAGUCAUGUUUUUCUUCUGUUGUAAUCACCCCUGUGAGUGAUUAAUUUGCUGUCAUUUUGAGAGAAAAUUUAAUUGAAAAAAGUUCUUUUGUCAAGAGAGGGUGUAAGGCAAUCUGGGUUCGCAUUACACACCUGUACCAAGGGUAGAAUGGUACACCAGUUUCAGUCUAUUCUGGCCAUUGUUUGCCGCUUUUCAAUCAAAUAGAAGGCAGUGUACGAUAGUUGUAGAUCGAUCGAAGUACUAGAGCCUGUGCAAGUGCUGUGAUGGGUAUAAAUAUAAGAGGUCGUGUCAACUCUUCUACUAGUUCUAUGGCAGCUUGCGUGUCAAUGAAAUCAAAACAUGGUUUUUCGGCAAAUUUUAAUUUUGUGGGUGAUUGUUAGUCAUUAUGGGUCAAGUAUGUCGUAUCCCAAUAAUUCUAUUUCCAAGCAUUACUGCGGGAGCAGUUUGUCGGGCGCGCUUUUUUCUGUUUGUAGGAAACAUGGUUUUGUUACGCAUUUUACACCCCGAGUCGAAUUCAAUCGAACUACGCGAGGAAUAAUUGAAGAAUGCUGUAUCAAUCCCUGCACAAAAGACCAAUUGAGCCAAUAUUGCCAGAAAAAAAUUACCAGGAUUUCUGUACUCAUAAAAAGGUACAACAAUGUUAACCUAAAAAGACCGCUUUUUUACUCAGAGCGUUCUUGGCGCAGAAAGCGGUCUCAGAAUUUCGUAGACACAAAUAAACUUUCCAAAAGUAAGAGAAGCCCACCUUCAGCGUGCACAUGUGGAAACAGAAUCCAUUCCGCGCGAUCAUCCAAGGUUUUGGAGAAUAAAAGGAAAAGUCGUAAGCGUUCUACUAAAGCUCGUCAGAAAAAAGACCAGCCUCUGCGGCCUUCCAUCGCCAAAGCAAAUAUAGCCACGUCUACCACGGAAAGCCAAUCUGUUGCCGAAGCUCAGUAUAUCGAUGAUUGGACCUGGAAUGGAGACGAAGAGGGGUUGUUUUCAGUCAAAUCGCACUAGUCAAGAUGCCCUCAGAGAGCAACUGAUUUUGUGUUUCAAUCUAGUUACCAUGACAAUUAAUGUAGCGAGUUAGGUAGGAUUAAAGGUGCACAUGCAUUUCUGGAGCUUGAAUAACUUCUAAAAUAGUCGCGCAUGCCUUGACUGUCUGAAAUAAACGAGAAAACAUCCAA